GCAGCAUCUGAUUACACACAGACACCAGCAGGCAUCGGAGGACGGAACACACUCAGUAUCUGCCGGCCGAGACUGCCUCUCAUUCCCCUCCAAAAAAUAAACUGUUUACAUAUCACUCUGGAAACUUCACUUUUUUAACCGACGAAAGAAAAGCAUUGUGGUCAAUUUGCCGGGUCUUCUCACCGUGUAAAUGGCUCAGGGGGGUCGACGGGAGACUGCGGAGUAAACUUGCAAGAUGUCGCAGUUUGUGGGGGUUUAAAAGAGGACUUACGGCUGUGUAUUAUUACCGGGCUGCACAUCCAUCGAGGCGGUCAAACUUCCGGAGGACUGUGUGUUUCUUCCUCCAGGUCGGAGAGAAACAGUAUUUUCUGUAGCCGCCACCAUUCCGUGCUGUAAGGCCGACCCCACAAUGUCUUCCAAUGGAGACCUCAGCGACCUGGGGAGCUCGGACAGCUUCUGGGAGCCGGGAAACUACAAGAGGACGGUGAAGCGGAUAGACGAUGGCCACCGGCUGUGUCAUGAUAUGGUCAGCUGCUUCCAGGAGAGAGCGAAGAUAGAGAAGGGUUACGCUCUGCAGCUGAGUGACUGGGCCAAGAGGUGGAGGGGUGUCGUGGAGAAAGGUCCUCAGUAUGGGACACUGGAGAAAGCGUGGCACGCCUUUAUGCAGGCGGCCGACCGGCUCAGCGAGCUGCACCUGGAGCUGCGGGAGCGCCUGGUGGCGGAGGACAGCGAGAUGGUGCGCAACUGGCAGAAGGACGCCUACCACAAGCAGAUGAUAGGAGGCUUCAGGGAGACCAAGGACGCAGACGACGGCUUCCGCAAAGCACAGAAACCCUGGGUCCGAAAACUGAAGGAGGUGGAGGCCGGUAAGAAGGGAUACAAUCAGGCCAGGAAGGAGGAGUGGACGGCGGUUACCAGGGAAACGCACGCCAAGGCCGACCCGACCAAGUCGCAGGAGGAAGUUCGCAAAUUCACGAUCCGGGUGGAGCGCUGCAACGAGGAGGCAGAGAAAGUGAAGGAGCGCUACACGAAGGCCCUGGAGGAGCUGAACCGCUGUAACCCUCGCUACAUGGAGGACAUGGAGCAGGUGUUCGACCUUACCCAGGAGGCCGAGCGUAAGAGGCUGUGCUUCUUUAAAGACGUCCUCCUGGACAUCCACACACACCUCGACCUGUCCACCAAAGAAGGGUUCAACGCUCUCUACCGGGACCUUGGUCAGACCAUCCAAGUAGCCAAUGACACGGAAGAUCUCAGAUGGUGGAGGAACACCCACGGGCCGGGAAUGAGCAUGAACUGGCCCCAGUUUGAGGAGUGGUCUCCGGAGGCGAGUCGCUCCAUCAGUAAGAAGGUGCGGGGGGGACACUCUGAGGACAACGUGGUCACCCUCACCAACAUCGUGUCAUCGGGGGGGAACGACGCUCCGCCCAGCCCCAUCACCAUGGACACCGGCAGGGUGAAAGAUUAUUCGUCAGACUGGUCAGACGAGGAGAGUCCUAAGAAGCUGGCGGUGAACGGCGUGGGGGGGGGAGGCGAGGAGGAGGAGGAGGAGGAGGAUCAGGUAGAGGCGGUGCGAGUCCGAGCGAUCUAUGAUUACGAAGGCCAGGAGGCCGAUGAGCUCAGCUUUAAAGCAGGCGAGGAGUUGCUGAAGAUGGGGGAGGAGGACGAGCAGGGCUGGUGUAAAGGGCGGCUGAGCAGCGGCCAGGUGGGCCUCUACCCCGCCAACUACGUCCAGAACUCCUGAUGGCCCGCCCAGCCAAUGGCACCACACUCAAGAUGCCAGGACCAAUCACAAGCUAGUAGUGCUGACAUGGAGACGGUGAAACCAGACAGUUUUCUGGUGACUGACUGAUAAAACAACUUUUUUUUCUUUUUUUUAUCAGCCAGUUGGAAAAAAGUCCACUUAUUGUGAAAGGCUGUUUACUCAACCUGAGGUGAAUGACAUUGUUUUUUUGAAAGAAGCUUUACAGGCAAAGAGAAAUCAAUGGAGGCCUGCCAACGCUCUGUAGAGAAACAUGGACGCAAGUGAACAAACUCUGGAUUUUUUUCUGCUUGCUGCCAUCAUUUUUAGUUGCAAGAGUUAGAAAAUCCACAUUGAAUCCAAGAGGAGACAGCCUGGGUGCCGCAGCGGUAAGAGUCACCACCACGGCUGACUGUGAUUGGCUGAAACACAUGUCAAUCAGUUUCCGUUCUGCUUUUUUGUGGAAGAAAUAAUUUCACAUUUUGGGAUUUAAAAAAUAAAUAAAAAUGUUUUAUGCAGUUAGAUCACAGGAUAGAAGCAACUCAAAAGUCAGCAGCAUGAUAGCUUAGCAUAAAGACUGAGAAAGCCUUCAGGUUCUGAAGACUAUCUUUGGAAGUAAAAGCCCAAUUGUAUUCGCACAAACGAUAUCAAUGAAAAUUCCUAAAACUCUGAUGUGCACGGCUAACAACAGGAGAGCUAGGCUUUGAUUGGGUUACCUUUAUUCAGAACUAGGCUAGUCUUCCCUAUUGUUUUAAGUCUGUAUGCUAAGCUAAGCUAACCAGCAGUUGCUGACCUCUUGUGUUAGCUAUAUCUAUCUUCAAAUCUAACUCUAGGCAAGUGAAUAAGCUUAUUUCCCAACAUGUGAAACACAUUUUUUAAACACCACUAUUUUCAUCAUUAAAUAAAGUAAUCGUCGUUGUUGGGGGAAACAUUUUAAAGCAAUUUUCAGUAGAUGUUGGCGCACUUUGUUAGCCCCUAGUGUCCGCUAGAGGAACUGCAGCUGGUGGCACCUUCAACUUCCUCUUCGCUCAGUUUUGGUGGUUCCUGCUUGGAUUAAAGAGAUAUAAAGACUGCCAGUGCCUUAGCAGUGAGGCCAGAAAUGUUACAGCCCCCCCUGCUGUCUGACCGAGGAACUACAGCCGCCUGAUCCUGACCCCUAUUCUGAUCCCAGUGGAAUCUGUGUCAGGACUUUAACAUGUUUUACCUUCUGAUUGGUUCAUUUAGCCCGACAUCGGCAUGCUUUGGUUCAUUUGGAGUUUUUUAGGUGUGACACUGAAUUCACUUUCUUUCCUUUUUUUUUAUGUGAUAGCUGUAUGUUUGUAUUAAGAUCUUGGGACGGUGUAAACUGUUGCUACUUGUUUCUUUUUAAGAAUAGCAUUUUUACAGUCAACUUAUUUACUUUCUAAUUUAUUGUCCUUUUUAAUUUAGCAAUCAUUUUCAAUUUUAGGCUGACUAAGGUGGGAAGUUGACUGUUAGCUUUGGGCCCUUUGACCUGUGGAAGGUGGUUUGUUUUGCCGUGCUUCGAUCAUGAAACACACGCAACACAAACACCUUAAAUAAUUGAUCAUAUUCUGUCCGUUUUUUUUUUUUUCAUGUUUAAGUUUGUGGUUUGUGUGUGAGGGGGCUUCCUCUGUCCUGCUGGUGUGAGCGUCGCUACAGCUAAUCAAUGUAGACGUCUGAAUAAUAAGAGAGGUAAUAGAGAUCAUUAAUGCUAAUGUGCUGCUCCUUUUUUCCUUUUUCUUUACAAAAUGAUAACAUGUACAUAACAUUACGUGGGAAGCAACAAUAAAGCGCUUUCUGGAGUUGGAGGUUUUACAGAC